GUUCCAUUAUUGAACUGAUAAUAUAAUUAAACGCAACUAAGGUCAGGAAUUUCGGGAAUUAACUCCAAAUCCCAGGAUAAAACUUCCGAGACAGCUAUAUCGAGGCUACUCGAUAGAACCAAAAAAUGUGGAGAAAUUUUCUAAUAUCUUUUGAGAGAGCCUUGGUAAUAACACCCGCCAUAAAACCCCGGCAAUGUCAAUGGCAUGCCCACAUAACCAAGGCUUCUUCGCAACGUUCCCUCUCCUCAUCUUUUGUUUUGCAUAAAACAGAGACACUACCAAACAAUUCCUCCUCAGAGGGUGAUGGUGAAUAUAUUGUACCCUACAAGCCGGAAUAUGAAAGGUCACAAUCAUCCCGGGCUCUGAUGGAAUCAAUACGUACACGUUUUCGCUUUAGUGACAAGGAAAUGCAACAGAUUAUGGAAGAUCCGCAAGUUGCAAAGAAUUAUCGCAAGAAAUCAUUGCUGCUCACAUUGGACAUCCUCAUGGCGGAGGGGGUUACAAGGAAACAAUUUGUGGAAUAUCCCUGGAUUAUAACUUUGGAAAAAGGAAGUUUGGUAGAGAAAAUUUCCAUACUCAAGUCCUUGCGUGGUUUUCGUGACAUCAAUGACUUUGUGCCAUUCUUACGUUUACAUUUAUCCCGUUUGCGUCGCUUGGCCACAAGUAUGAACAAUGAGGCGGAUCUUGUAACCUUUGGAAAUCGUGUUUAUUAUAUAGCCGACAAAUUACAUGUACCGGCAAGUUUGGUAAACAAAUAUCUGGCCAAACGUUUGUUUGUUUUAGAAAUGCCCCUACAUAUGUUUAAAACCAAUUUGGAAUUAAUGCUCAAAUACAAUGUAGAAUCUAAAAAUAUCCUCAAAGAUCUAUGGGCAUUUCGCUAUGCUCCACGUUCAGUGGAGAUGCGUCUCAAGAGGGCCAUAUCAGCCAAGAAGGAUAAGAUAAUGCCAUGGAUGGUCAGAUGUCCGGAAUCAAUAUUGCAAAAAUCCCUACAAAUUUCUUUAGAUGACUUGGAAAUUCUUGGUGAUCGCACACCCGCUGAAUACAUUGGUGACCGUUUGGGCUUCAAUGCCGAAGAAGCAAUGUGUAUUAUGAACAAACAUCCACAGGUAAAAAAAGUCCGUAUGACAAAAAUAAAAGAAGUCCUGGAUUAUCUUCUUAAUGAAGCGAAGUUUACACGUCAUGAAAUUGCCCAAGUUCCAAGGAUUUUAUGCCAUAGCUUGGAAACGACAAAACAACGAAUGGAAGAAUUAAAACAGCAUGGCUGUCGUCCCUCUAGUUUGGUUAUUCUAUGCAAAAGUAAAAGAGAGUACAGUAAAUUUUUGAAUUCAUGGAUCGACCAAUACAAUCCGAAUAAGAGUAUUCAAAAGAAUGAAAUAAAGGAAGAAAAUGACCAAAGUUAGUAUACAUAAAAAGACUUGUAUUUUUCCGAUUAGGUGC